UGGAGGGCGAAGGGGCUGGGUCAGCCUCGCCCUCUAAGGGGGGUGUGAGGUCCCCAUGUUGCCCUGGGCGGCCCAGGCGGGGUCUCCCGGGCUGGGGACUGGUUGCCAGCCCAAACCCCUGCCCUCUCCCCUCCCUGCCACUGGCCUCGUGCAACUCAAGGGCAGGACCUCUGAAGAAGGUGGGGGUAGUGCCCAGCACGUGGUUCCCGGGGUUUCUGGAGGGAGGUCGUGGGCCUGCACAGCUGCUCUGAGCCUCGCCUUCCGCAUCGGGAGAAUGGACCAAAUGGCGGACUUCUAGAGGCCACGUGCCCUCUGCCCUCUGUGUGACCUUGGGUUAGCGGCAUCAAGACGCUGUAUGAGUCGGAGCUGGCGGACGCCCGCAGGGUGCUGGACGAGACGGCGCGGGAGCAUGCCCGGCUGCAGAUCGAAAUCGGGAAGCUGAGGGCCGAGGUGGAAGAGGCCAACAAGAGCUCCAAGAAGAGGGAGAGCGAGCUCACAGUGGCUCAGGGGCGCGUGAAGGACCUGGAGUCCCUGUUCCACCGGAGUGAGGCGGAGCUGGCCGCCGCCCUCAGCGACAAGCACGUUCUCGAGAAUGACGUGGCCGAGCUUCGGGCCCAGCUGGCCAGGGCAGAGGACAGUCACGCAGUGGCCAAACAGCAGCUGGAGAAGGAGACGCUGAUGCGCGUGGACCUGGAGAACCGCUGCCAGAGCCUGCAGGAGGAGCUGGACUUCCGCAAGAGCGUCUUCGAGGAGGAGGUGCGGGAGACACGGCGGCGGCACGAGCGGCGCCUGGUGGAGGUGGACAGCAGCCGGCAGCAGGAGCACGACCUCAGGAUGGCGCAGGCGCUGGAGGAGCUGCGCAGCCAGCACGACGAGCAAGUGCGGCUGUACCGGCUGGAGCUGGAGCAGACCUACCAGGCCAAGCUGGACCAUGCCAAGCUGAGCUCCGACCAGAACGACAAGGCCGCCAGCGCCGCCCGCGAGGAGCUGAAGGAGGCGCGCAUGCGGGUCGAGUCCCUCAGCUACCAGCUCUCCGGCCUGCAGAAGCAGGCUAGCGCAGCCGAGGAACGGGCCCGCGAGCUGGAGGAGGCCAUGGCCGGGGAGCGCGACAAGUUCCGGAAGAUGCUGGACGCCAAGGAGCGGGAGAUGACGGAGAUGCGGGACGUGAUGCAGCAGCAGCUGGCUGAGUACCAAGAGCUGCUGGACAUCAAGCUGGCGUUGGACAUGGAGAUCAGCGCCUACCGCAAGCUGCUGGAGGGCGAGGAGGAGAGGCUGAAGCUGUCCCCCAGCCCGUCGUCACGGGUCACCAUCUCGCGGGCCACUUCGAGCAGCGGCGGCAGUAUGUCCACAGCGGGGCGCUCUGGCCGCAGCAAGCGCAGGCGGCUGGAGGCCGAGGAGCCGCUGGGCAUGGGCUCCAGCCGCAUGGGCUCGGGCGGUGGCGGCACCUUCCAACUGGCCCAGCAGGCCUCGGCCUCGGGGAGCGUCAGCAUCGAGGAGAUCGACCUGGAGGGCAGGUUUGUGCAGCUGAAGAACAGCUCAGACAAGGACCAGUCUCUGGGGAACUGGAGGAUCAAGAGGCAGAUCCUAGAAGGGGAGGAGAUUGCCUACAAGUUCACGCCCAAGUACGUGCUGCGCGCUGGCCAGACCGUCACGGUGUGGGCAGCUGGCGCGGGCGUGGCCCACAGCCCCCCGUCGACGCUCGUGUGGAAGAGCCAGCGCAGCUGGGGCACGGGCGAGAGCUUCCGGACCGUCCUGGUCAACGCUGACGGGGAGGAAGUGGCCAUCCGGACCGUGAAGCAGUCCGCGGUGCUGCGGGAGGCCGAGAACGGCGAGGAGGGCGAAGAGGAGGGGGCCGACUUUGGCGAGGAGGACCUUUUCCACCAGCAGGGGGACCCGAGGACCACCUCACGAGGCUGCCGCGUGAUGUGAGCGGAGCGGACCGCUCUACGCUUCCUUCACCCAGAGCCACUGAAACUAUUUUUAUAUCAUUGGCUUUCUUUAAUCCUUGAUGCAUUUCUAGAGAAUUUUUAAGCUAACUGCCAGA